AUGAAUUGUCCUUAUUUUGAGGAAAAAAGAGGUAUUUAUAUAUGCCAUUUGCAAAUUGGACACUUCAACAAAGUACAUUUCGCGGGUUUCGGCAGGAAGCGGUCAGUUAAGAUUUCCACGUUAAGGAGUAUGGCGGAUGAAACUAGCAAAAAGCGCAGGCCAUUCAAGAAGUUUUUCUAUCGUGGUGUUGAUCUGGAUCAGUUGCUUGAUAUGAACUGGGAACAAAUUGCACUGCUUAUGCCAGCACGCAUACGUAGACGAAUUAACCGAGGAUUACGUCGAAAGCACAUGACACUCUUGAAGAAAUUAAGGAAAAGCAAAAAAGAAUGUCCAUUUGGCGAAAAGCCAGCUGCUGUAAAAACGCACGUCAGAGAUAUGAUCAUACUACCUGAAAUGAUUGGAUCUGUUGUCGGUGUUUAUAACGGAAAGUCAUUCAACACGGUCGAAAUCAGGCCUGAGAUGUUAGGCCACUACCUUGGAGAGUUUUCAAUAACCUACAAGCCUGUAAAGCACGGAAGACCCGGUGUUGGUGCAACUCAUAGUUCUCGAUUCAUACCACUUAAAUGAUUGGUCAUUACAAGUUUUCUGGACUAUACUUCUCAUUGCGUUGUUUUUUAGAGGGAACAUAUGUAAGAGCACGCUAAUGUGUCCGCCAGCCACCGCAAUCAUACUACAGUUUCAUAGUCACGCAUGAUGUUAGAGGGGCAACUGUUAAAUUAACUUCGGAAGAAUGUAGACUGUUUCAACAAAUUGGUUGUCGGUUACCUAUGAGAUUUCCAUUAAGUCAAGCGGACGAAACAGCAACAGUAAGACGAAGGAUUCGCAGUAAACUGUCUGCACAAGCUAGUCGGGCUAAACGUCAGAGAUAUGUAAUUGAAAAACACAAAAGAUUGAGCGAAGACAGGACUACGUCGCCCCCCUCCCCCUAUUAAAUUAUAAUUGUCCAAAUUAUUUUAUUUUUAUUUUGACCACUUCAUCUUUAAUUACGUGUUUUUCUUGUAAAAUUAAUUUAUUCUAUCCAUUUCUACUUUUUAAAUGUGUAUUGAUUUUCUGCGUUAAUUAUCUACCCAUUGACAUUUUGACACUUUAAUUAUUAUUAACAAACAUAUUACCACUUGUUUGGUAAAUUGUUGUGUAUUGUAAAAAUGCUAUAUAUUAGAGUAGAGCCAGAGAAGAGGAUCUAAUUGAAAAGUAAAUAUUUCUUCGCUCAAUCUUUUGUGUUUUCCAAAUGUCUACAUAUUUUCUAUAUGUAAUUGAACUGGAACGUCGAUAUUCUUUGUGCACCGAGGAAAAAAAAUUGCGUCGUUAUAUAUGCGAAUUAGAAGAGAAUAAACGGUAAUUCAGAAAUAGUCCUCUAUCUAACAUAUAAUCCUCAUCCACAGUUAUAGUGUAUUAUUAUUAUUGUUCCCUUGGGUUCCUAGUGGAACAUAGGGCUUCAACUGCACGUCUCCAUUUGCUUCUGUCUUGUGCUGU